GAUUUAAAUAUGCUGAGGUUAGUGAGUAAGAAGUCAUUCUCCUCUACAUUUAAUGUGUUGGAUACAUUCAAGACUCUAAAAAGUGUGGUAAUAUACUAAAACAUAUAGAAAGAUUACAGCCCCAAUAAGACAUAUAAGGUCAUAUGUACGAUAAGAUGGUGUGCACAGUUCUAUGACACCAAAUUUGACUUAUCAGGCAUUUGAUGAAGUGCUUCAUGAAUAUUAUGCUGCCUAUUCUGGAAAUCCUUUCCAUUUACAAGUUUACAAUAACUUAGAUAAUAUCUAAACAGUCAACUUUGGUACAGUAGACAAUCCCUGUGUUAUUUUUACUGCUGAUACUCCCUUUAGAUAUGUUGGAUGCACUGGUUUAUAGAAUGAAGAUGAUUAUGAAUAACACGAAAUCCAUCUCUUUAUGUUAAGAGAAGGUCCUUUGUAGAGAUGCCCAAUGUGUGGUCAAGUUUUUAAAUUGGUUAGACUAAGAUAAUAAGAGGAUGAAGAAAUGUCCUACUAUAGAGAUUCAUUCCAUCCUAUUGAUAUUUUUGAAUUGGAUGUAAAUUAAUCAAUCAAUUAUUUUAGAAUGAAAAUGUUUAAUCAAUUAAUAUGCUUAAAAUGUGGACUCAUAGAGAGGCUUCAUUAUUUGAAAGUGCAUUAUAUGAAUAAAAUAUUAUGGUAACAAUGGAUAACGAUGUACAUGAUAGAUUACUUGUUGAUCCAGCUUAUAGAAUGUGGAGAUUUUAACAUGGUGAAGAUAAAUUAAAAUACAUUGAUUAAUAAUUGAAAUAAGCAGGUUAUAAUGAAGAAAGAGUCUAUAGAAAUCCUAAAUACAAAUUACCAAUGUAAAAGGCAACAUAUGCAGCUGUUAUUGAAGCAGAGAAGGUCUUGGCUAUCUAAGAAAGAUUAGAAAGAAAAGUAAAUAGAUUCCAUGUUAGAGAAUAUCUUGAUUUUGCUAAUCAUGCUAGAAGAGAAAGAAGAAUGAGAUUAAGAUAAAAGGAAAGAUGGGAAAAUAAUUAUACUUAUUUCUAUGGAGGUCUUACAGAAGAAGAAUAAUUAUAUAAUGAUUACUUUGAAACUGAUUAAGAAUUAUAUAAAGAUGAUGAAUAAGUUGAAUAAAGAAUUGAUGAGGCUGUUGCUUAAGUUGAUCCUAAGUAUAGUCCUCUCAGAUUUGACUUUUAAGAGGCCUAUACUCAUAAUCCUGAAGAAGAUUAAACUUCACUUCUUGAAAAGAAAUUGUGGAGAUUCAAAUAUAGAUUAGCAUUUGAUUGCACCAAAGAUUAUUAAGUUAGAGAAAGAAGAUUGAUUGAAAGACAUUUGGCAAGAAUGACUAAAGACCCAGAAUAUAUUUCUGUAUUCAAGAAUCUAUAAAAUGCUGUUAAUUCUGAAAAUGAAUUUGCAAUCUUAUAAGCUGAAAAGAACUAUUAUAAUCUCGCAGCUAAAGAAGGAUGUAAAUUUAUUAUAUUAUUUAUUUAGUCCUUUAAUACAAGGACUACUUUGAAGGAGAUUCAUCAGCUGAAAUCGAAUUAGUUGAAGAAUUAUACAAAGCUUCACCUUUAGCAUUCAGCAAAAUCUUUGUUAAUCACUCUGCAAGAUUAUUCUAAUAAGAAGGAUUCUAAAAAUUCCCUAAAAGAGCUUGGAAUGACAGUCUAGGAUUAAUAUAAAAUUAUGUUUUAGAUUUCCAAGAUUUUUCAUCUAAUAUUGUACCAAAAGCUUAAAAAUUGGCUAAUUAUGCUGGUUUAUAAAAUGUAUUAAAAAUAGUUUAUAUUAUAGGUACUACCUGCUGAUGAGUAAGAGUUAGUAAAACUUGGUUUAGAUAAAACUGAAUAAAUUGCAAGAUAAAAAAUUGCAUAAGCUUAAGAAAAACCAUAAUUAAAUGAACCACCUAAAUAAGCAUAAUAAUAAGCACCUCCAAAAGUUGAAUAAGAAUAAUAGAAGCCUUAAUAGUAGUAAUAAUAAUAAUAAUAAUAAUAAUAAAAGAAAGGACCUUUUAACAAAAAGAAAUGAUUAUUUAAUUAUUAAAAUAAAACAAAAU